GCAAAUGCCUCAGCAGCUAUGCUUGAAUUUGCCAAGAUUUUCGCAGCUGUUCCAGAUUCCAGUAAUCAAGUUUCCCCUGUAAUCCCUAAUAAGUGAUGCCGAUGCUGCAAUUCCUGUUCUUCCAUCAUACGCUGCGUCAACAUUAACCCUUACUCAAUCUUUAGGCGGCGCUUUCCAGGUUCAUAUUAUCUUCGGUAGCAGCAAUGCUCUCUGGAUCUCUUGCCACAACAAGGAAGAUAUCAACUUGGCCUCCGUUCUCUCAGAGAAUAAAGCAAACAGAAAAUGAGAUUGUCCAGAUGUUUCGUUUGCCUAAUUCCCGAGAAGAAAAGCUUAGCUUUCCCAUGGAAGGAAGAUGUGAUUCGAGGAAUGGCCAUAACGCUCGCAUAUUGGAUGAGAGAUUCAUUAGGAUUUUGAAAAUAUUUAAAUGGGGACCUGACGCAGAAAAGGCAUUGGAAGUGCUGAAAAUGAAGGUCAAUGCUCGCCUGGUUCGUGAGGUUCUGAAGGUUGAUGUUGAGGUAAAUGUUAAGAUUCAGUUCUUUAAGUGGGCUGGGAAGAGAAGGAACUUUGAACAUGAUUCAACCACUUACAUGGCUUUGAUACGCUGCUUGGAUGAACACGGAUUCACUGGUGAACUGUGGAAGACUAUACAAGACAUGAUUAAAAGUUCAUGUCCAAUUGGUCCUGCUGAAUUGUCUGAAAUAGUGAAGAUCUUGGGCAAGGCUAAGAUGGUCAACAAGGCUUUAUCUGUGUUUUAUCAUGUUAAGGGUCGCAAGUGCAGACCUACAGCAAGCACUUACAACUCCGUUAUCUUGAUGUUGAUGCAAGAGGGGCAUCACGAGAAAGUGCAUGAGCUGUAUAAUGAAAUGUGCAGUGAGGGUCACUGCUUCCCUGAUACUGUUACAUAUAACGCACUUAUAUCAGCAUUUGCAAAGCUAAAUCGUGGUGACUCUGCUGUUAGAUUAUUUGAUGAAAUGAAGGAGAAUGGCUUGCAACCAACUGAAAAAAUUUAUACAACUUUGAUGGGGAUAUACUUUAAGUCAGGUAAGGUUGAUGAAGCUUUGGGCCUGGUCCUGGAGAUGAGAACACAACGUUGUUCCCCAACUGUUUUUACUUAUACAGAACUCAUAAGAGGAUUGGGGAAAUCUGGGAGGGUUGAUGAUGCAUACAGCGUAUACAAGAAUAUGCUGAAAGAUAGUUGUAGACCUGAUGUUGUUUUGAUGAAUAAUUUGAUUAACAUCCUGGGCAGAUCAAAUCGCUUAAAGGAUGCUAUUAAACUUUUUGAGGACAUGAAAUUGCUGGACUGCACCCCAAAUGUUGUGACAUAUAAUACCAUUAUUAAAUCAUUAUUUGAUGCCAGGGCUCCACCCUCCGAGGCUUCUUUGUGGCUUGAGAGGAUGAAAAAAGAUGGAGUAGUCCCAAGUUCAUUUACCUAUUCAAUUCUCAUCGAUGGUUUCUGCAAAACAAAUCAACUGGAGAAGGCUUUGUUGCUUCUUGAGGAGAUGGAUGAAAAAGGGUUCCCACCCUGUCCUGCUGCCUACUGCAGCCUGAUCAAUAGCCUUGGAAAAGCAAAACGCUAUGAGGCUGCAAAUGAACUGUUCCAGGAAUUGAAAGAGAACUGCGGACGUUCAAGUGCUCGUGUCUAUGCUGUGAUGAUUAAACAUUUCGGAAAAUGUGGUCGACUCAACGAAGCUAUCAAUCUCUUUAACGAGAUGAAAAAACUCGGAUGCGCUCCAGAUGUUUAUGCUUAUAAUGCUCUCAUGUCUGGGAUGGUGAGAGUAGACAUGAUGGAUGAAGCUCUUUCCCUCUUUAGGGCCAUGGAAGAACAUGGUUGCACCCCGGAUGUAAAUUCGCAUAAUAUAAUCCUAAAUGGCUUAGCUAGAACAGGUGGACCGAAGCGCGCAAUGGAAAUGCUUAACAAAAUGAAGGCUUCUGCUACUAAUAAGCCAGAUGCAGUUUCUUACAACACCGUUCUUGGUUGUCUCAGCAGAGCAGGUCAGUUUGAAGAAGCUGCAAAACUUAUGAAAGAAAUGAGUUCACUUGGAUUUCAGUAUGACCUUAUCACUUACUCAUCAAUACUUGAGGCAGUUGGUAAGGUUGAUGAAGAUUCUAAUAUACUAGACUCUUGAAAUCAACCUGCUAUAACAUUUGUUGUAAUUUAUUAUAUAUAUAUAUACACACCUUGCAUAAGAGAAAAUGUCUUGCAGCUUUAGCUUAGACUUACCUCCUUUAUUCAAUGUUUUAAGUUUUCUUGCUUCGGUAAAUAUCUUGCUCCUCCUCUUUCUUAACCCGUAGUCUGUGAUGUUUAAAACCAUUUGAUAAAUUAAUUUGAUUCAAUUGAA